GAAGAGGCAGGGAGCGGAAUGGAUUCGACAUCCCCCCAGACUUGCGCCGGCAGGGGAAACGCACGCGCAGCUGCACAGGCUUGAGCCGAGCUCUGGGGCGGAGGUGUUCACGGAGCGCUGUGCGCCGCGACGAAUGUCCAGCAUUUCCGUGUCACUGGUUUUUACAGUGCUGGUUAUGUUUGAGGAGUCAGUGACCUUCGAGGAUGUGGCCGUCUACUUCUCUGAGAACGAAUGGACCGGCCUGGCCCCUGCUCAGAGGGUGCUGUACAGGGAUGUGAUGCUGGAGAAUUAUGGGGCUGUGGCUUCCCUGGCAUUUCCAUUUCCCAAACCGGCUCUGAUUUCCCAGCUGGAGCGAGGGGAAGCACCCUGGUGCAAAGCUCCUCAGGGAGCUCUGGAUGGAGGGGGCCCGAGGGGCAUCUCCUCAGGAUGUCCAUUUCUAAAGCCUGCUGGGAUCUCCCAUCUUGAGCAGGUGGAAGAGCCAUUGAACCUGAAACUUCGAGGAGAGGGUCCAAGCCUAAGCUGUACUGAGGGUGUGUUGAAGAGUCAGAAAGAUUUUAUUCUGAAGGAAGAACGUUUUGAGGAGGCAAAGGACCACAUGGUGUUAUCAAGCAGACCCCGGUGGUGUGGCUCCCAGGAAUUCUGGUUUGGAAAAACCUGUGAGGAGGAAAAAAGCAGGUUAGGGAGGUGGUCUGACUAUUCCAAUGGGAGAAGUAUGGAGAACACUGCAAAUGAUAUUAUAGAAGUGAUUGUCAAAGAUGAGAUGGUCUCAGGAGAAGAUAGUUCAGAGAAUGCUGAUGUGAAUACCCACCUUGCUAUACAUCAGAAAAUUCUCAGUGAGCAGGUGUUCUAUAUAUGUGAAGAAUGUGGCAAGUGUUUUGAUCAAAAUGAAGACUUUGACCAACAUCAGAGACUUCAUAAUGGAGAGAAGGUCUAUGGAUGUAAGGAAUGUGGAAAGACUUUCAGUUUUAGAUCACAUUGCAUUGCACAUCAGAGAAUUCACACGGGGGUGAAACCCUACGUGUGUCAAGAAUGUGCUAAAGCCUUCGUUUGGAAGUCAAACCUGAUUCGACACCAGAGAAUACAUACUGGAGAGAAACCCUUUGAAUGUAAGGAAUGUGGGAAGGGCUUUAGUCAGAACACAAGCCUUACACAACAUCAGCGAAUCCACACUGGGGAAAAACCAUAUACAUGUAAGGAAUGUGGGAAAAGCUUUACUCGGAACCCAGCCCUACUUCGACAUCAGAGAAUCCACACUGGGGAGAAGCCUUAUGAAUGCAAGGACUGUGGGAAAGGCUUUAUGUGGAACUCCGAUCUUGCUCAGCACCAGAGAGUCCACACGGGGGAGAAGCCCCAUGAAUGUACUGACUGUGGGAAAAGCUUCAUCUGCAAGGCACACCUUAUUCGACAUCAGAGAAUCCAUACUGGGGAAAGACCCUAUCAGUGUAAUGACUGCGGGAAGGCCUUCAGUCAGAAUUCUGUUCUGAUUAAGCACCAGAGGCGCCAUGCCAGAGAGAAACCCUGUAAUUGUCAGACCUCUCACAUUGAACAUUAGAGAAUGCACAAUGGUGGUACUUGCUUAUAAUUCUUAUGCAACAGGAACCCCAGAGACAAAACAAGGUGAUUGUCCACAGUUUGUUAUAACUCUAAUAGCCAGUAUUAUCUUACCCCUUCUGAACAGAUACCCUGUGCUCUAGAAAGAGUGGUCCUCCUGUUCGACCAUGUUCAUGCUAGGCAACUUUUAGUUGAGCGUCUACUCUGUUGGGUACUAUGCUAAUCACUUUACAUAAUCACUUUAAUCUGUUGAGUACUAUGCUAAUCACUUUAAUCCUAUUGAGGUAGGUACUCAUCUUCAUUUUACAAAUGAGAAAUCUGAGGUUGAAAGAAGUUAUAAAACUCAUUCAAGGUCACUUAGCUAAUAUGUUACAGAAUUGAGAUUGGAAGCAGGUCUAUCUGACCCCAGAGUCUACUGUUCUUUAUUUGUGCACAUUUCUGCUUCUGCUCAUUUCUAUUUGCUCAAGUUUCCCUAGGCUAAAAAUUUCCUUUUCUCGUCUAAUACCCAGCUCCUUCAGCCAAACAGACCUCUCUUCCUCUUCUACUUGUAAUCAGUACUAUCCAAAUUGUUAUUUAACUAUGUGCUGUCUUAUAUUUUUCUGAUGUCUUAUUGUGUUAGUCCAGCUAAAUGUCUCUUUGAGGACCAACACUGUAUUUCUUCUAUGUUUUUCAAAUUUUGACACUUAUUUAUUUUUGACUAGUUGUAACAUGCUCAUGAUAAAAAAAAGUUGAAAUAGUUCAAAAAGGUGUUCAGUGAAAAGUAAAUUCUCCUUGUCACUCCUAUCUCCCAGUCUACCUUCUCAGAGACAGCCACUGUUACUGGUUGUGUGUCUUCCUGGAUAUAUUCUUUCUAUAUACAAGUACUCAGCUUUCAUAAAUCUACCUCACUGAAAACCAUAUUUGCUGUAGAUGACAAUGCAGUUACAUUGCCAACUCCAGAACUUUCUCUUCCUCUGAAGUUGUGUCCACCCUGAGGUCACCAAGGUAACUUAAGGAAAGUAGUGGAGGGUAGUCAGAAUUGUGCAGUCUUGGGAGACCUGAUUCCUUUUGUGUUAGAAGAUAGCACUCUGGGACUGGGAAAAUGUAAAGCAAGUGGGAGGCUUUGUUUUGUUUUGUUUUCAUAAAAAUUUGUAUAGCUACAACCCCUCUCAUUGUUCCACUAUCCCAGAUCCCCUUCCAGUCUUUCCCUUCUCAUCAUCAUGAUAGCCCACAUUCCAGAGUAAGCUGUACUAUUAGAGAAUGGUACUGACCAUCUUCAAGGGUUAGAGAAACAAAGGCUCUGUUCAGGGAAGAGUGCUGGCCAAAACAGAUGAAACACAUUCCAGACUUCACCUUUAGAGGCAUUUUUCAGCAGUUUGCCUCUCUGCUAAUUAGGCAUUCCACUUUAGAAGCUCCCAGCCAGGUAAUGUAAUUGUUGACUAAGGAGCAAGGAAGAGAAGCCAGAGACUGGCUUGGACUAAACUGCUUCCUGAAAGUUACAAACAUACUAUCUGAUUGCUGAAGCCUAAAGCCACUUGGCUUAGCAUAGUCCAGUUAGGGUAACCUCUAAUAAGCAUUGAAACUUUUGUACUAAACAGACCCAAGAAAUGGAAAUGAGUGAUGUGAACAGGCAUUUGGGGGAAGUUUAUUAAGCAAAUAUCACUGAGUACCUGCUUGUAUGCAAAGCACUAUGCUAGGUGCUGCUAAACAAUGGUAAGUCAGACCUACUUCCUGCCUUUCUGGAACAUUCAUCUAGUGAGAGAGACCAAACAAACAAAAAAAUCAAGUAAUUGAUUAAAAAUUGCUAAGCGUUAUGAAGGAAAUGAAUGCUACAGAGAGGGAAUGAUGGAGAGGGAACCUCUUUAUAUAAAUGGUCAGGGAAGGCCUAUCCUAGGAGGUAACAUUAAAGUUAAAUCUCAGAAUGAGAAGAAGGCGCAUGUAUCAAGAAUGGGAAGAACAGCAGGCAGAGGGAACAGCUCUGCAGACUCUUGAUGUGUGAAGGGUUUGGCAUGUUCAAGAAACCAAAAGGUUUGGAGUGUAACAUAAUUAUCAAGGGUAUGAGAGGCACAAGUUAGGUUUGUAGACACAGGUGGACCAGAUCAUUCAAUUCCAACCUAAGUGAAAAGCCAGGGGCGCCUAGGUGGCUCAGUUGGUUAAGUGACUGCCUUAGGCUCA